UUUGCUUGUCCUGCUCUAUCUCCAGCCAGCCCCAGUGUUAUGGCCUCCGGCAUGACCGGCAGCGUCUCGGUGGCCUUGCAUCCUUUGGUCAUCCUCAACAUAUCAGACCACUGGAUACGCAUCCGCUCACAGGAGGGACGACCAAUGCAAGUGAUCGGCGCGCUCAUCGGUAAGCAGGAAGGCCGAAACAUCGAGGUGAUGAACUCCUUUGAGCUUCUUUCACACACGACGGACGACAAAGUGCACAUCGACAAGGAGUACUACUACACAAAGGAGGAGCAGUUCAAGCAGGUGUUCAAAGACAUGGAGUUCUUGGGUUGGUACACCACAGGUGGUCCCCCGGAUUCGUCUGAUAUCCACAUUCACAAGCAGGUGUGUGAGAUCAUCGAGAGUCCGCUCUUCCUCAAGCUUAACCCAAUGACCAAGCACACCGAUCUUCCUGUUAGCGUUUUUGAAUCAGUCAUUGACAUCAUCAGUGGCGAGGCCACCAUGUUGUUCGCCGAGCUGAACUACACUCUCGCCACGGAGGAGGCUGAGAGGAUCGGAGUGGACCACGUGGCCCGCAUGACGGCCACCGGAACGGGCGAGAACUCCACCGUUGCCGAGCACCUCAUCGCCCAGCACAGCGCCAUCAAGAUGUUGCACAGUCGCGUCAAGAUCAUUCUAGAGUACGUCAAAGCGGUGGAAACGGGAGAGGUUCCCUUCAACCACGAAAUCCUGCGAGAAGCGAAUGCGUUGUGCCACAGACUGCCAGUCCUCAGCACGAUUAAAUUCAAAACGGACUUUUACGACCAAUGCAACGACGUGGGUCUUAUGGCCUACUUAGGCACCAUCACAAAGUCGUGCAACAGCAUGAACCAGUUCAUCAACAAGUUCAACGUCCUGUACGACCGACAGGGCAUCGGCCGUAGGAUGAGAGGACUUUUCUUCUGAGGCGCCAACACGGAAGAGUUUUUUUUUGUUUGUUUGUUUUAGUGGGAGGUCGGCGUCAAGUCGCUGCUCAAGCCACCGCAGCUUUUCAACCCUGCUUCGAGGUGUAGCCCAAGCACUUAGCGACACCAGUGAACAGAGGCUGUUGUUUACCACUGGACAUGAACAUAUUUUAUUUACACCUUGUUUUAUUGUAAUUUGAUCAUUCUGUACGUAAUAAAAGAAUUACUGUUUGUUUUUCCACGCGACUGCUGGAUCCCUUCAGAGAGCCGUACCCGUUUUCUAACACGUCAACGUUAUUUUUUAAAAACGGGCUCAUUAAAAGUACAUUUUUUUUCAAAUUGUAAAUGUUAUUUUCUGUUUGAAGUCGUCUUCCC